AUGGCAGCGAUUUUUCUCUCAUCCUCGAUCCUGUUCUUAUUCCUGAACCUCGCGGACGGAUUACUCAGACUCAGACUUCAUUAUGCUGUCAAGGUGUGGUUAUGGGAUGGAUCUGUGCAACCACACUUUAUUGUUAAUCUCCAUCAGAAUGGAAAGCUCGUUAUGCAGUAUGACAGUGAAAAAGGCCAAGCAGAGCCACUGGAUCCAUGGGCCCAUGUGGCAAAUAAGAACUGGGAGAAAGAGAUCAAAGACUUUGAAGAGAUGUCGAAGAAUCUCAGAAUGACUGUGGCAGAGAUCUUGAAGCUGGAUGAUCAGAAAAGAGGUUUGCAUUCCCUCCAGGAGAUGCGGGGCUGUGAGAUCAUGGAAGACAACACCACCAGAGCCUUCUGGGAAUUCUGUUUAAAUGGGGAGCCCUUUCUAUCCUACGACCCGGAGACUCUGAAAUGGAUGGAGCUCAGUUCCUCAUCCCAGGCCUGGGCUCGGAAAAUCAAGGAGUCCUGGGAUAAAGAUGAGAAUAAACACAAGGAUUAUAGUCACCAUGUGGAAGCCGAGGCUUGUGAAAAACUGCGAAACCUGGCCACCUGGAGAGACUUCACAGAGAGGACAGUGUCCCCAGUGGUGAAUGUGAGCCACAUUAACACCACAGCGGACAGUGUCACCCUGAAGUGCCAGGCUUCUGGUUUCUAUCCCAGGAAUAUCUCACUGACCUGGCUGCAGGAUGGGGACCCUCUGAGCAGCCAGGACUCCCAGUUCCAUGGGUGUGUCCUGCCUCAUGCAAAUGGAACCUAUGAGACCUGGGUGUCCAUAAAGGUUCCCCAUGGAAAGGAACAGAAGUACAGCUGCCGUGUGGAACACAAUGGAAAGAAGAGUACACACCCAGAGACCUUAGGACUCCAUAGCCUUCUCUAUGAAGUGAGAGUAGACUUCCAGCAUGAAUCUGUGCAGCAGCAAUUCUUCACUGAGGAAUAUGUGGAUGGAAAGCACAUCCUGCACUAUGACAGCGAGAAAGACCAGGCAGAGCCACAGGGUCGGUGGGCUGAAGCCUUCCUGAGAAAUAAGGCCUGGAACACAGAGAUUAUAGACUUGAAAGAGAUGGGGAAGAAUCUUAGGAUGACUGUGGCAGAUUCCUUGAACCUGGAGGGCCCGAAGGAAGGUGAGAUGAGGGAAGAGACAGAGGAGUAUGAAGCUUGCCCAAAGGGCAGGGAGCUGAGAGGUAGAGACCUGUCUGUUUCCAUGUAA